UUUUUUUUUUUUUCCUUGCAUUCGGCUGAAAGUGAUAUCAGUUUGCAUUUUUUAACAAACCCAAGCAACAAGGAAAGGCCUCCAUUUGUCUAACAAUGGAACAGAACUUGAUUCCCGCCGAAGCCUUGUCUCAGCUGUCGUCCCUACUUGUCAGCUUGCCCUCAGCCGACAAUGAAAUUAGAACACAAGCAGAAGCUCAGUUGAACGAUCAAUGGAUCGCACAGCAACCUGACUUGUUGUUGCUCGGUCUCACUCAGUUGGCCUCUUCCAGCUCUGAAGAUCACGUUCGGGCAUUUGCUAGUGUUUUGUUCCGUCGUAUUGCUUUCAAGUCUAUCGCCACCGCUGAAGACCCGGAUGCCCAACUUUGGGGUUUGGUGCAGGAGAACACCCGUCAAGGUGUCAAAGCUGCUUUGUUGGUAUCUCUAUCCAAUGAGACCAAUGAGAGCACUAGACACAAGCUUUGUGAUGCCAUUGCAGAGAUUGCCAAGACCGAUAUGUUGAGAGGUGAAAAAUGGGCUCAACUUAUGGCCGCUUUGUUCGAAUGUAGCCGCUCUCCUUCAGCUGAACUCAGAGAAUCUGCUCUUCGCAUCUUCACUGCUGUUCCUGAUCUGAUUUCUGAUCAACACAACGAUGCCCUCAAGGGUGUCUUCUCAGCAAGUCUCGCGGAUCCCGAAAGUCAAAACGUUCGUAUCGCUGCUCUUAAGGCUGUUGUUGCCUAUAUUCUUCAGGCUGAUCCCGGUAGUCAGAAGGCCUUGGGUUCUUUGAUGCCUCAUAUGCUCGAGGUUUUGACACCACUUGCAGCUACUCCCGAUGAGGAUGCCUUGACAGACAGCAUUAUGACAUUAAUUGACCUCGCCGAGAACUGCCCUCGCCUAUUCAGAUCAGCUCUUCCUAACGUUGUUACUUUUAUGAUCAACAUUGCCAAGGAAAAGAAAUUCGAAGAUGCUCUCCGCCAGACUGCUUUGGAAUUGUUGAUGACUUUGACUGAGGCUGCUCCAGGCAUGGUUCGUAAGGUUGCUGACUUUACAUCUCAAGUCAUCCCCGUUGCUCUUGAAAUGAUGACCGAUAUGGAGGAUGACGAGAAAUGGUACACUACCGAUGAUCUUGAUGAUGAUGACAGCGAAGAGAACUACGUCGUUGGUGAGCAUGCUAUGGAUCGCUUGGCUAGAUAUUUGGGCGGAAAGGCUGUUCUUCCUGUCUCCUUCCAGUUCAUCCCUCAAAUGCUUGCAUCUGAACAAUGGCAACAACGCCACGCUGCUUUAAUGGCCAUCUCUGCUAUUGGUGAAGGAUGUGUAAAGAUUAUGGAACCUGAACUUGGAAACAUUAUCCAAAUGAUUGUUCCCUACUUCAAUAACCCCAGCGCUCGUGUUCGAUAUGCCACCUGCAAUGCCAUUGGUCAAAUGUCGACUGAUUUCGCUCCUGCUCUCCAAAAGAACUUUCACGAGAUCGUUUUGAGCUCCUUGAUUCCCGUCAUGGAGGAUCCUGAACCCAGAGUUCAAGCUCAUGCUGCUGCUGCUCUGGUGAACUUCUGCGAAGAAGUUGAUAAGGCUGUCUUGGAUCCUUACCUUGAUCCUUUGUUUGAACGUCUCUUGGUCCUUUUGAACACCUCCAAGACCUAUGUUCAAGAACAAGCUAUCACUACCAUUGCUACUGUUGCGGAUAGUGCUGAAGACAAGUUUAUUAAAUAUCACGGUGCCAUUAUGCCGUUGCUCCUCAACAUCUUGAGACAAGCCACCGCUAAGCAAUACCGCCUUCUUCGCGGUAAAGCUAUGGAGUGUGCUUCAUUGAUUGCUUUGGCCGUUGGCAAGGAAGUCUUUGCUCCCUUUACCCAGGACUUCGUUAGCCUUUUGAUCGAAGGUCAACAAUCUGUCACCGAGAGUGAUGAUCCUCAAACUUCAUAUUUGCUCGCUUCUUGGGCCCGUAUGUGCAAAGUUCUCGGCCCUGACUUCCUUCCGUACCUCCCCGUCAUCAUGCCUCCCUUGCUUCAAUCUGCUCAGUUGAAGCCUGAUUUCGCUGUUUUGGAUCCUGAUGAGGAUGCUGAGGCCAACUACUCUGCUGAAGACGGCUGGGAGUUUGUUGGUGUUGAUGGUCAACAAGUUGGUAUCAAGACCACUGUUUUGGAAGAAAAGUGCACUGCUGUUGAAAUGUUGAUUUGCUAUGCCCGCGAACUUGGUGCUGGCUUCUUGCCCUAUAUUCCUCAAGUCCUUGACAUUGUCCUUCCUUUGCUCAAGUUCUAUUUCCACGAUGGAGUUCGACACGCUGCCGCUUGUGUGGUGCCUCUCUUACUUCAAGAUGCCAAGAAGGCUAACGUUAACGCCGCUGACAUUUCAUCCAUGUGGCAUACCAUCUAUGCCAAGCUUGUUGAUGUUAUCAUGAACGAGAUGGAUCCCUCUUUCUUGCUUCAAGUGUAUAUUGCCUUCUACGAAUCACUUGAAAUCGUUGGUGAAAACUCGAUGACUCCUGAAGAACUUGAAAAGUUCAUCCAAGCUACCGAGGCUCAACUCAAGGAAUUCUAUGAACGUCUCGAGACUCGCCAGAACAACCGACGAGCUGCUGACUUCGAUGCUGAAGAAGAGGAAACCAUGUUGGAGGAGGAGGAAGCUGAGGAAUCUGUCAUGUCUGAACUUGCACGCGCCAUCCACACUGUCUUCAUGACUCACCGCCUUGCAUUCUUGCCUUACUUUGACAAGAUCCUUCCAUCUGUCGUUCACUUCUUGCAACACGAAAACCCAUCUGCUCGUCAGUGGGCUCUGUGCGUUUUUGAUGACCUUGUCGAGUUUACCGGUCCACAAUCUUUCGCUUAUUCCAGCCACUUCUUGGAACGUAUGGUCAACUCUAUUCAAGAUCCCAACAAUGAUGUUCGCCAAGCUGCUGCUUAUGGAUUGGGUGCAUGUGGUCAAUUUGGUGGUCCACAAUACGCUGAUGCCUGCUCUGCAGCUUUGAACCCAUUGUUUGCCAUCAUCAACGACCCCAAGGCACGCGAUGUUGAUAACAUCUAUGUCACUGAAAACGCUAUCUCUGCUGUCUCCAAGAUCUGCAGAUUUAACUCUAGCAAAUUUGAAGUUGACCCUGUCAUUUCUGCCUGGGUCGCCGCUUUGCCUAUUGUAAAUGAUGAGGAGGAAGCACCAACCACCUACACUUAUCUUAUGGAUUUGGUUGAUGCUGGUCACCCAGCCAUCGUCAGUGCUAACAACCUUCCCCACAUUGUCAAGAUCUAUGUCGAAGUUCUCUCUGCUGAUGUUAUCAAGGGUGAGCUUGCCGACCGCAUGGCAAAUGGCCUUAAAGCUAUUGUGAGUGGACUGGACGAUGGUACUCGAAACCAACUCUGGGCUUCUAUCGAACCAGAGAAGGCUAGCAAAUUGCAACAACGUUUGGCCUAAACAAAAGCAACCACUAUCUUUUUUUCUAUCCAUUCUUCUCCCUUCUUCUCUGACCGCAUAGACCGACUUUCCAAUAAUCCGAUUUGUUUCUCUUCCAUAUGAUAUCUCUUCCCCCUUCUCACCAUUUCAAAGGGUACAUUUCCAGGAUUUGAUUACUUUAUUUCAUUUGUCAUAACGUUUGUCACUCCUAUCACAUCCUCUUUUUUUUCUCCAUUAAAAUAAAAAGCCAUAUGACCUAUCAUUCAUAAAUAUUAUAAUUGAUA